CAAAGGCAAAGGCAAAGGCAAAAAAAAAAGCGAAGCAGAUUUCGUAUUUUUACAAGCACUUUGCGAGUACUUGAUCACUCUUGUUGAAAUUUAUUGAAAAAUUAGGAACAUUCUGUCUUGCCUUGCCUUGUCUCGUUGAAUGUUGGUCGGCAACCCAACACCAACAAUGCUUAUUCUUCAUCUAUUGGCCGUUUUCGAUUGAUCUCAUUUUGUGGUGCGCGGCGUGCUCGGCACAAUGGAUGACACCACAAGUCUAGUAUCCGACCUUAUCCAGAAGCUCGCUGAGCUUGAUAAUAAGGUCAAUAUAUAUCGCCAAGAUAUGGCUCAAGAGUUCUAUCGAUAUUCGCGCCAGCGCUUACAAGACGUGCCGGGGCAUGUUUCUGCCAAAGUCCAAAAAUUGGUCGCCGAACACUUUCAGAAUUAUCCGGCAUUGAGCCCCAGUCUCGGCCAGGACAUUGACCCGCAAUCGCAAGAGAGUGCCAGCGACGUCAGCACCGACGAGAAGCCAUGGCCUGUUAGGCAACCGUCGCCGCCAGUCUCGCCUCAAAUUCCUUUCCUUCCGCUGUUCGAUAGUCCCCGGAGUCCGCAUGAACGAGAGCGCGAGUUUCAUGGUCUGUUUACACCGAGUUAUCUUCCCUUGCUUGAUGCAGUACAGCGACGUAGCCCGACACCGUCUGCGUUGCCGCCCCCGGUACCUGAAAUCAAAGAACCUAACAAUAAUGAAGACACAUCACUUGCUGCUCUGGCGAGUCCAAUCGUUUUGCCCCGACCAGAUCCCGUCCGACGGCAUACUGCGGAUACGGAGUCCUCGAUCACAUCCGAUGACAGCACAACACGGUUACGAAGAAGCGCUCUCCGUCGCUCAUCCAGUUCCUCUACUAAGGCCCAAAGCCCCAGACGAGUGCGCUUUGACGUCGAAGGUGAAGAGGUGCUUCCCACCUCGUCGCCACCGGUCUCACCUCGUGCAUCGGAUUUUCCGCCGUCUCCAUCAGGCAACCCCACUAGUCCUCUAGAUGAGUCAUACAAUGCGAUUAUCAUCAACGAAGAUACCGACCUACUAGGCAGCUCUCCGCCGAUGCCUAAAAAGAUAACUUCAACUGAUCGUCUAAAGGCUAUGGCGCGGAACUCAAAUGAAGAUACCUCGAAGUGGGAGGUUGUCGGCAAUCUGGAAGCCAUCGACGAUGACGAAGAGGAAGAAUUAGUCAUGGCCGGUUUACACAGCCGAAAAGCAAAUGACGCAUCUCAAAAUUCAACCAAUCACGUAAGCUCGGACGGCACGGCACAUCGUAUAAAUGAUGCGCGCCUCCCGACUCAACUUGGCGCACCUUUGACAUCUGUAAAAGAAGUCGAAGAAAACGAAAUUCCUGAAGAGGCUGAUGAUAUUGACGACGUUCUCAUGAUGCCGCCACUAAGUUCAUUCAAAGACAAGAAGCGGUUUUCCCCGCCACUCGAAACGACUCCCAAUUCAGAAUCGAAUGACCUCGACUCGCAUGGAACAGAAGAACACAACUCGUCAAAACCUCCGAUUGAUUCUACAAGCGAACCAUCACUUAACGAAGAGGAUUUGUUUGAGUUUGAGGACCGGGAUUUCGAUUCAGAUGAUAAAGGCGAUAAAACCAAGUCGACUAAGAAAUAUAUCGAGGAGGAAGACGAGGAGGAAGACGAAGCUGAUGUGACACCUAUAGCUGAGAAUCCGGUCCUGUUUUCGACGUCUCCAGCAAUUCCCAUGGCCAAACCUACUUCUGUUACCACUCCUAUACAAUCGCCUCGCCAGAUGGCUGCAUCUGCGGGGUCAUAUCGCGGGAAGCCAUUCUCAAUCGGCGUCGUUCGUGAUCCAGAACUGCACAAAAGAGCCGCAGAGAUGGGCGAUUUCUAUACCUUCGUCGGCAGUGUCGACGGGCGAAGUGGAGUUGAUGAAUCAACUAGUUUUAAGCCUGACGUGACCUACUUUGACGGGACACCAAGAAGCCUUAGCGAGCGCUUGAUGAGGGAGGACUUGGACGAAGCUCGCCGAAAUGCAGAAGCAAACAGCCGAGAAUAAGUUUUCACCCACAUCGACCCCCAAACACCGGAUCGCGUCUGAAUACAUAUGCGUGGGAUCUACGAAUGAAAACCCAACCUGUCCGCCGCGACGGUCCCAUUAUC